AAACAGUUUAGAAACAGUAUCAAACAUGAAACAGCUAAAGAACGAGGCACGAUAAACCCUAAACCCUAGGGUUUAACUUAUUAAUCCCCUGCUACCAAUUCAACAACUGAGAAGCAGUAAAUCCCAAAUUAACCUAAUAAUAUACAAUUAUAUUGUAAUUACAAUGCCUUCCAAGAACAAAAAGGGUUCAAAAUCAGCCUCGAAAUUCUCAAAUUCAUCAGACUGUAGCAGUGUUACAUCUCCAUGGAACCCUAAUUCAGCUCCACCACAACAAACUAGUGAAGCUGAUGUACAAUCAAUUCUCGAAGAAGCUUCCAGAAAGUUCCCAUCUUUGAUUGGUAAAAAUGCCCUUGUUGCUCAAAUUACGGAAGAUGCUGAUACAGAGUCUUUUAGAGGGACUUGUAAGAUUUGGCUUUCGGAACCUUCGAUGCUCGCGCAUUCGUUAUCGCCUGGUGCCACAGUCUCUGUUUCUCUCGCUUCUUCAACAAAUAAGUUUGUUAUUAACUCUCCUGUCAGAUCAUUAGCUGAUGUAUGUGAAAAACAAUAUGAGUUUGCCUCAGAGCUUCAAAUGGUUGGUGAAGUGGGUAACUACUUUGCUCUGGCAGCGGUUUUUCCUUCGAGGAAGAUUUUAAAGAAUGGAGUGCGAUUAUCUCAGAGCCUUUCACGAACAAUGGGUUCCCCUCCCUCAGGUAGUAUCUUGUUUGUUCAUCCGGUUUGUCUGCAGCCUACAACUAGGUUUGCAAAUGGGAAUGGCAAGUUACAAAGCACUAAUUACCUCUCAGUGUCAACCUGCAAGGAAUUAUAUCUUGAGCUUGUUUUUUUGAACAGCGAAUCUACAACGAACUCAAAUAAAUUUAAUAAAGAUGCCUUUUCUGCUGAAACAACCAAUGUUCCAGCUGAAAAUGGAGCGGUUUCAUCUCCCAAGACCCCAUUUUCUCAGUCAAAAUUUAGCUCUCCUAGUAUUAGUCAUGUUAGCACACCAAGAGCUAGUACAACUAGAGAAGAUGAAUCAGUAUCAAGUAAAUCCAAUAAUAAUGGAACUACUAUUCCUUCAUUUGAUAUCCAAGAAGUGUUGGAAAAUGAAAGCGCAAAGAAUCUUCUGCAGACCUGUGCUACUUCAUGGCUGUCUUCUCGUAGGCUACUCUGUGGAAAUAUUGUUGUCAUCCCAAUACUUUCAAAGAUUUGCACUUUUCAAGUUCUGGGUGCUGAUAAAUUGUCUGCAAAUCAUCAUAUCUUGAAUGUCACUGAUGGCAGUCAUUCCGAUAUAUCUUUUGAAGAUUUUGAUCUGGUGGACCAUGUGGAUGAAGCUUUUCUGGUGGACCACAUUACGAAAGUGUAUUUGUUUCCGCCUGCUAAAAAUAAAGGUUUACUACGUCAGGAACUCAAUUACAAAGAAGUCAGAUCUCAUGCAACUUCUGAAAUUCCGAAAUUGGGUGGCAUCUCAAAACAAUAUGCAGAACUGAAGGAUAUAAUAAUUUCAUCAACAUCGAAUGGCAAGUUUUCAAGUCUGGGAUUACGCCCAAUAAAAGGAGUGCUGCUUUACGGUCCGCCUGGAACGGGAAAGUCUUCUUUGGCAAAAUUGUGUGUCAAUGAUACUGGAGUCAACCUCUUUCAUGUGAAAGGACCUGAAAUUGUAAGCCAGUACUACGGAGAAAGUGAGCAAGCACUGAGUGAGGUUUUUGAUUCAGCCAGCCGCGCUGCACCUGCAGUGGUCUUCAUUGAUGAAUUGGAUGCCAUCGCUCCUGCACGCAAGGAAGGCAGUGAGGAACUUUCUCAAAGGAUGGUUGCAACUUUACUAAAUUUAAUGGAUGGCAUAAUUAGCGUUGAGGGUCUACUUGUUAUUGCUGCAACCAACAGGCCCGACAGUAUUGAGCCUGCACUUAGACGCCCCGGAAGAUUUGACAUAGAAAUCGAUAUUGGUGUUCCAUCUCCUGACCAACGUUAUGAUAUACUGCUUGCACUUCUUAAGGAAAAGGAACACUCACUUUCAGAUACAGAAGUUCAAUAUUUAGCUAAAGCUACACACGGCUUUGUGGGUGCUGAUCUGGCUGUUCUAUGCAAUGAAGCAAAAUUGAUAUGUCUUAGGCGUUAUACGGACUUGCAGAUAUCUUAUGAUGAACCACAUUGCAACAUAUCACCUUUCUCAUCCCCUGAUAUCAUCGAAGGCUUUAAUGGUCCAGAUGAUAUAAAUGAUUCAACUUCACAAGAUCAUUUGGAUUAUACCUGCUCGUCCGCGCUAGAAUCACCCGUGAGACAAGAGAAUCUCGAUAAUGAAAUUCUGAAUGUAAGUGGGACUUCUGCAGUAGAGAGAGACACCUUGAGGGUGUCUUUUGAUGACUUUGAAAGGGCAAGGAAGAAAAUUGGGCCAAGUGCUAUGCGAGAGGUAAUACUUGAAAUUCCUAAGAUUAGUUGGGAAGACGUUGGCGGCCAAAAGGAGGUGAAGAUGCAAUUGAAGGAAGCUGUGGAAUGGCCUCAAAAGUACCAGGAUUCUUUCAGAAGCUUAGGAAUUCUUCCCCCUAAAGGCGUGUUGAUGUUUGGUCCUCCAGGCUGUAGCAAAACUCUUUUGGCUCGUGCAGUAGCUUCUGAAGCAGGGUUGAAUUUCCUUGCAGUAAAGGGGCCAGAACUGUUUAGCAUGUGGGUUGGUGAAUCUGAAAAGGCUGUAAGAUCGCUAUUUGCCAAGGCAACUGCAAAUGCUCCAUCUAUUAUAUUCUUUGAUGAAAUAGAUAGCCUUGCCAGCAUUCGUGGAAAGGAAAGUGAUGGUGUCUCAGUUGGUGAUCGUGUUAUCAGUCAACUUCUUGUUGAAAUGGAUGGCUUGCAGAAGAGAGUUGAUGUUACUGUCAUUGCAGCUACAAAUCGUCCUGAUAAUAUCGACCCUGCCCUUCUAAGACCAGGAAGAUUUGACCGGUUGCUAUAUGUUGGACCGCCAAAUGUAGUGGACCGUGAGGAUAUAUUUAGAGUCCACUUGUGCAAAAUGCCAUGCAGUAUUGAUGUCUCCCCUAAGGAGCUGGCUCUUUGCACUGAAGGUUGUUCUGGGGCUGACAUAUUCCAAAUCUGCCGUGAAGCAGCUCUUGCCGCUUUAGAAGAAACGUUUGAUGCCUCGUGUAUAUCAAUGAAACAUCUAGAACAUGCAAUUAGUCGAGCACAACCAUCUUUAGUGCAGUUUGAUCAAACCUUACUAACAAAGUUUCAGAGAAUGGUUCACUCAACUGCAACAGAAGAUGAAUUGGGUUGUCAGUCAUCCUCAAGCACAUCUCAUUGGAAUUCAUUUUGGACGCCUAUCAAAUCUAUAAUGCAGUGGCCUUUUCAGUUCCCAUCAACCCUGUUAUAUGCAAAGUCUUCUCCAUGAGUUACCUUGUUGUCACUUCUUAUGGGAUACUCAGUCUGACCCCAAUUCUGGUAAAUGAAACUCUGCCAGUCCGAUUGUGAUAUUCUGAUAUGGAGGCUCAAAGAAGCUGUUACGGGUCGUGGCUUUAAAAGUGCGGAGUAAAGGCAGGUCUUAUACUACGGUGGUGAACAGCUCAAGAGGGCCCAGCAAAUAUGAAAAGAUCAUAUCACUUAUAUUUUUUUUUCUAGAGAAAUAUAAUCAUAAUAAUAAUUAUGAUACGAGAUUGUAUAGUAGAUACUUAAAUCACCAAAGUUGAUAUAAUAAUAGUUCAUUAGAAUGUAAAUGUUUACAGUUAAUGAAUUCAUGUAUAACUUUCCGGGUCAUUUUUGUGCUUCUGACCCAGGAGUUUGGAUGCCCGACUUCAUCAAAGAUACUACAGUUGAGCUUGCA